ACCUAAGCAGAGAUAUUGAUUUAUCCUAACCUCAAAUUUUCGAGAGCCAACAAACAACUUAACCUAAAAAAAAAUAAAUUAAUCUUAAAAAAUGUCUUCAAACGAUCAAAAACACAAAUUCAACAUGAAAGAUUCCAAUGCCGAAGCGAAAAAAAAGUCAUUAAAACUUUUAAAAGACGUCUUUCAAAGUCCUGGCCAAUUAGACAAAAUUGAACACCACAAAAGAACAGUAAUAAGAAACAAACCAUCAGUGGAAGGUUUUUUUAGGUUAAGUUUUGGUUCAGAACCCUGCAUACAAAGCGAAAAGACCCUCGAAAGAUGUUUAAAAGAAGCCCAAGAAAUUGGGCAAAGCUUAAAACACGCAAUAAACACCUUUCCUAAAGUUGAAGUCCUUUAUGGCGGUUUAAACGAGCUUCGAGAAGAAAAUAUGCGCCACUCUCAAUACGUAACAGCCCGAGAAAACUUAAAACACAUAUUUACCGUACCCGAAAGCGUUGAGAGAACUGAAAAAUGGAUAAACGAAGGGAAAUUAUUGCAUACUCACCAGUGUUUGAGGGAUUUAGAAAACUCCCGUGAUGCUUUACUUUAUGAGUUACACCGUUUACCCAAUCAAUCGACGUUCGAUAAAAACAUGCUUAGCGCGUGUUUUAAAGACGUCGAAGUACUUUCUGUUAAAUUAGAAAAACAGUUAAAAUUAAUUUUAAGUCGUACUUUAAAUACAGUGAGAAAAGAACCCACCGUCAUUGUAACAGCUUUAAGAAUCGUUGAACGGGAGGAGAAAUUAGACGAGGAGGCGCAACUCCAUAAAGAAAAAACCUCCUUCUCAAGACCCGGGAGGCCUAAGGAAUGGAGAAAAAUGGCUUUUGAAGUAUUCGAAAAAGCCGUCGCUACACGGAUUGAGGGUACUCAAGUCGAUGAGAGAGAAAAUAAUAAAAUGUGGCUUGUUACUUACUUAGAAUUAACGAGGCAAUUGAUUUUGGAAGAUUUAAGAGUUGUUAAAACACUUUGUGUCCCUUGUUUCCCCGAAAAAUAUAACAUUGUUGAUGCUUAUGUUAGAAUGUACCAUAAUUGUUUACGAAGACAUUUGCAAGAAAUUAUUCAAAACGGUUUGGAAGGAAAUGAGUAUGUUUCAAUCUUAAGUUGGACUCUAAAUACUUACAAAUCUGAAGAAUUGAUGGGUCACCCUGAUUUAGCAAGAUCCACACAAAAUUUAGAACCACUCUUACCCGACGGCGUGUUAGAAACGUUACAACAAAAAUACCUCAAAAACAUUGAAAAAGAUUAUACAGAGUGGUUAGGAAAUGCUAUAUCACAAGAAAAACUUGAAUGGAUGUCAACCAACGAUCCUGCAAUUGAAACAACAAGGGCCACAGUUCCGGUUGUUAUUUAUCAAAUGAUUCAUCAAGUUUUAUCUGUAACUCAAACAAUAAGUCAAGAUAUAACAAACAAAGCUUUCAUUGUGAGCAUAGAACAAGUUUUAAAAUACGGCGAACAAUACAAAGAGGCCAUCAUCGAAUACAGAAAUAAACUCCUUGAAGAUAGAAACCAAGUAAUGCAUUUCACGUAUCACAUGAUAACCAUCGUAAAUAAUUGCAAAGAAAUCAUCGAUAUUGGGGAACAAUUAAAAAAAUUUUAUUGGAAACCAAAUCACAACCAACAAAUAAGUGCAAUCAAAACAUUCCCAGUUUAUUUUGACGAAUUACGCAAAGAAUCAUCAAAAUAUCUCUUAGACGAAGUAUUUAUGGACGUUUCAAAACAUUUCGAUGACCUAUUCACGCCGAGAUGGAUCGGAAACAACAUCCCAGUAGACACAAUUUGCGCCACAUUCGACGAUUACUUCCAAGAUUAUAAUCGCCUCUUAGAAACAAACUUAGAAGAAGUCAUAUCCGAGGCAAAAAUGUCAGUUGCAAAACGUUACAUAACGGCUAUGUUAUCGAAAAAGAUGGCGUUCAAAACAUUUGAUGAAUGCCAAAAAGCCGCCGCACAAAUUGUAAAAGAACUCGAUCAAUUUAAACGCGUUUUCGACGCUAUCGCGCAUCAGAUCCGCGAUGAAGAUGAGAACUUGGAAACGAUUACCACGUUAACGGAAGUGUUAAAAGCGCAGGACGAUAUGAUUUCGUUCGAUUUGCACAACAUUGUUGAGAAAUAUCCCAACAUAACCGAAGAUCAUUUAUUGAGGUUAUUGUUUUUACGCGGUGAUUUACCAAAAUCUGAUUUAAAGGAGAAAGUUGUUUUUGCAAUGAAAUCAGCAAAACCGAAAAUUGGCGAUGGAAAAAACGUUUUUGAUGACUUGAAAUUUACCACAUUGUUGGGCAAAUUGAAUUUAUAACACAUAGCUAAUCAUCAAAAUAAGUCAACUAAAAGGAAAUAAUUUAAUAUUAAUUAUAUUAUAAAAUAAUACUUGGGUGUAAUGUGUUUUAAAGCUUUAUUGUAUCUAAAUUACGUGUAAUAUAUAGUAACGCAUACAUAACUAUGUUUAAUCUUUGUAAAAAUAUUUAUUAUUGUUUUCAUAUGUAAUCAAAUAAAAUUUAGGAAUAUAUAAUUA